AUGAUUAUUACACUUGGAUUAACAAUCAUUUCAAUGUUUCUACCUGGUUUAAAAGAAUUUCAACAAAUAGCAGCAAAUAUAAGCGAUGAUUUAAGACAUUUUAAAAUUCCAAAAAAAUUUGUCACAUUUGAAUCGCUCUGUCGAAUUGCAUCAAAUGACAAUUUUAAUUUUAAUGAUAACACUGAUCCAAUCAAUUAUUGCAAACAUUGGUUUCAUCAAUUAGAAGAUUGGGAAAAGAUAGUGAUAAUAUUAAUGUGUUUAUCAGUGAUUAUGGAGAUAAUAACUAUUUGUUGGACAUUAAUUUCAUUUUUUGGCUGUUGCUGCCGAAAAGUCUGCAUGCAAUUAUUGCCAAUGUUUUCAUUAAUUAUUGCAUUGCUACUUGCUGCAGCAAUUACUAUUUUUGCAAUAAACAAUCAAAAAGUUAUACAUAAUAUUGAUUUUGCUAAUUUAACAAGAAGCCUUGAAAUUAAAAUUCAAAAUGAAACUGCUCGAAGGUUCUAUUUGGCGUGUAGUGCAUUGGCUGUAGCAAUUAUUGAUAUUUUUGUUGGCAGUUUAAAUUUAUGUUUUUUAAAAUUUUGUUGCUAA